AUGGAAAGAUUGGCCCAAAUUGAGAGGGCUGAGAGGCAUAUUGGAAGUUUGCCAAGAGAAAAAAGAAACUUGGAUGAUGAGUUAGAGAGAAUUCGCGUAUCAGAGAUGGGAGCUCAUUCGAAAGUUGCUCUUCUGGAAGCAAGAGUUGAAGAAAGAGAAAAGGAAACAGAAUCACUAUUAAAAUCAAAUAAUGAGAAGAGCAGAGAACUAGCAAAGCUUGAUUCACUCGAGCAAGAGUUGACUUCUGUUGGGCUGAAUGAAACAGCACAGCAUAGCAAGCUAAAGACUGCUUCCCACGGGAAACGCUCAGGGGUAGAUGACUAUGUAAUGGGCAUGGACUCUGUUCAAGACAUGGAGAUGAGUGACCGGAUUGUAAGAGUAAAUAAGAGGUCUAGAAGUACUACGAGCCCUCCAAAGCACACCCAAUCAGAAGAUGGUGGUUCCGUAUAG